AUGGCACUCACCGAUGGCCGAGACCCGCUCGAGCACACCAGCCUCUACCAAAGAGCCGACAGCGAGGACAGCGACACGGAGGGCGGCCUCGGCAACGUGAACAAGAUGAUCAUGCGACCGCCGGGUCACAGCGGGAAGGCGAAGAAGGGUCACAUUUGCUUCGACGCAUCCUUCGAGACCGGCAACCUCGGCAGGGUCGAUCUGAUCUCGGAGUUCGAGUACGAUCUGUUCAUCAGACCGGACACCUGCAAUCCUCGGCUAAGGCUGUGGUUCAACUUCACGGUGGACAACGUGAAGGCCGAGCAACGCGUCGUUUUUAACAUCGUCAACAUAUCGAAGAGCGCGAACCUGUUUCGCAACGGGAUGACGCCGUUGGUCAAGAGCAGCACCAGGUCCAAGUGGCAGAGGAUACCCAGGGACCAGGUGUUCUACUACAAGUCGGCGCAACACCAGAACCACUACGUGCUCAGCUUCGCGUUCUCGUUCGACCGCGAAGAGGACGUCUACCAGUUCGCGCUGACCUACCCGUACUCCUACAACCGGUACCUGGCGCACCUGGACAAUCUCUGCACCAGGAUCGCGUGCACCAAGCGAGAGACGCUGGCCACGUCCAUACAGAAACGGAAGAUCGAGCUGAUCACGAUAGCAUCGCACAUGGAGGACUCGCAGCAGGAGCGUUCCAGAAAGGUGGUGGUGAUCCUGGCGAGGGUGCACCCGGGCGAGUCGCCCUCGUCUUUCGUCUGCCAGGGUCUGAUGGACUUUCUGGUCAGCUGCCACCCGAUCGCUCAGGUCCUCAGAAACUACGUGGUCUUCAAGAUAGUCCCGAUGAUGAACCCCGACGGGGUAUUCCUCGGUAAUUACAGGUCCACGGCCCUGGGAGCAGAUCUGAACCGAGCGUGGAACAAGAUAUCCGACUGGCUGCACCCAGCGCUGGUGGCCAUCAAACCAAUGCUGAAGAACCUCGACAAGAACCUUCGCACCCCGUUGGACUGCGUUCUGGACCUGCACGCGCACACGAACGCCACGGGCUUGUUCAUCUACGGGAACACCUACGACGACGUGUACAGGUACGAGAGGCACAUCGUUCUGCCGAAGUUGCUGGCGCAACACGCGCAGGACUACGAGAUCGGGAACACGAUGUACAAUCAGGACUCGCACAAGUCCGGCACAGCGAGGCGCUAUCUCUGCUCCAUUCUGAAGGAGCACGUCAACUGCUACAGCAUCGAGGUGUCCAUGUACGGUUACAACAGGAAAGCGGCGUCCGGUAUACUACCGUACACGGAGGAGGGCUAUUACAGAAUCGGCCGGAAUCUGGCCCGUGUGUUCUUAGACUACUACAAGCUGGUGGGCCUGAUCCCGGCGGGCCUUCCCGAUCAACCGUCCGCGAAGAAAUCGCGGCAAUCGAGGCCGAGAUAUCGGGUGCCCAGGGAGCCACGGCCGAGGACCUCCAGGACACCCGCGCCUGUCCACCUCGCCAGCAUACACGAAUACUUCCAGGAGGAGGCAGCGGACCCGCCGGCGAGCGGCGGUUACCGAUCGAUGAGCGGCACGCGGAUGAGCCAGCUUGGGACCGGAAGUGGCAGUGGAAGUGGAAGUGGAAGUGGCAGUGGAAGUGGAACGGGCGUCGGCGGGUGCAGGAACCGGAGCUACAGGUUCCGGAGCCCCGGGGCACCGCUCGUCGGGGUACAGCCUCUGUCGAGACAUCCCGUCGAGCCGAGGCUCACCAUUAUCGAUUUCAAUCAGCUGACGAGGGGCGGUCUGGAGCUGGCUACCAGCAAGAACAGGGUAAAGGUUCCGCGGAAACCGGCCAAGACGAACAGAUAGCGACUGUCGAGGCUCGCCGGUCCGUCGCCGUCCGCGAACAGACAGGUGCGACCACCGCACGAAACCUUUCGAAACCUUUCGAGACCCAUCUGAAACCCUCCAAAAAAAAAUCUCCCUCGAAAUCUUUCGCAACAUUUCCGAAAC